AUGGACUCCAUUGCUGCCACUGACCUGGACGCUCAUUCCUGGGUGGCUCUUGCCAUUUUCUUGUUUGCUCUCGUAUUUGUGAUCCGACCUGUCCAUGUUCGCAUCAACAAGCACAUUACCCUUCACUUCAACUUGGCGACGGCACCUCCUCUGGGUCUAGUGGUCUUAUUGUCAAGCCAGACAAUUCAUUGGCAAACCAUAGCGGAUGGCUUCCUAGGGACGAAUGUUGGCGUAGAGCCAUAUGCCAUCAUGCUACUCUUUUAUUCAUUGGCUUACAUUUGCAUCUCGCUUGAUUCAACUGGAUUCAUCCAAUAUUGUGCAUUUUGGGUUUCACGCAAAGCAGGCAAUCGUGGACAUUUGGCAUUCUCUCUCUUUUUUAUCUUGACAAGCUUGAUCAGUGGCCUUGCAAGCAAUGAUGUCGUGGUGUUGACAGGAACAGCUUUUCUCUCGUAUUUUACACGUGUAUCAGAUAUUCAACCUACAGCAUUUCUCAUGAGUGAAUUCACAUCAGCCAACAUUGCAUCCAUGGCCAUUUAUAUCGGCAAUCCUACCAACGUGGUGGUUUCGGAAGCAUUCAAUAUCAACUUCGUUACUUAUUCAGCCUGGAUGUUGUUGCCGACCUUCAUUUGCCUUGGUAUUGCAUACAUUGCUUUGCGUGUGGUGUUCCACAAUCCAAAGUAUGUUCCCCGCGUGAUAUACCCUCCCGAUGCAGAACCCAAGUCGGUGCUCAUUGAUCCCAAAGGAGCAGUAUUUGGUUUGGUGCUACUUGGUACAUGUUUGGCUACAUUGAUUGGAACCUCCUUUGUCCACGGUGUCUCUGUAUGGAUGGUGACAUUGCCAUUCGCCAUCAUUAUGCUUAUACGUGACGUAUGGUAUGAUCUUUAUGGAUCAAAGCAUCAAGACAAGGAACUCAAGAGACCACAACCAAUGACGGCUUCUCAACGUGCUGAUACAGGAGAUCAAUCGACAGUGAUAGAACUUGGUGUUUUAUCUCGGCAGGAUCAGGAUGAAGGAGGAGAUGAUCCUGGUACGCCUAUUCGCAACCGUAAUACUACAACUACUACACCAACUACUCAUCCAUCACCAUCACCAUCACCAUCACCACCUGAUGCUGCUUCUGUUGUUGAAACGGCAACCACCGAUCAUGAAGCCACCAUGAAAAAUUCGAAUGAUGAUGAUGAUGGAGAUGUCAAGGAUAUGUUGAAACGCACACCUAGAUGGUCACGAUUCUUUUGGCGGCAUAUCCCUGGUGUAGCAUCAGUCAUAGCACGCAUGCCAUGGACGAUCCUUCCAUUUGCUUUGAGCAUGUUUGUAUUAGUGGAAGGCCUUUCAGAAGUUGGAUGGAUUGCUAUCUUUGCAAAGGGAUUACAUGUGGUUACGAUCCAUUAUGCCGCCACUGUGUUUGGUGUGAUGGGCAUUUCUAUCCUUGCAUGUCAACUUCUCAACAACUUGCCAAUGACGAUUUUAUUUACACGCAUUUUACAACACCCUAAUUUCAAUCAAGGCGAACAGCUACCUGAAGUCGUGGUGCAGGCAGCCGUACUUGGGCUGGUGGUUGGUAGCAACUUGGGUGCAUGCCUUACAUUAGUAGGGAGUCUUGCAGGAAUCAUGUUCGAGCACAUACUCAAGACAAAAGGCAUAUUCACAUUGGGCUACUUUCAAUUUCUCAAAUGGAAUCUUAUCUUAUUGCCUAUUAUUGCAGCAGCAGCAGCAUCUGUAGUCAUUGGCGAACUCUGGUUUAUUUAUUUACGUUGA